GCCAGCAGCGCCGCGAUGGUAGAGUCGUCCGGAGAUGAGCGCUUCCUCUACAUGAUUUCCUGCUUUAGGCCGCGGCUGAAGCAGUGCAUCCGGGUGCAGCCGGUGCUGGACCAGCUUUUCUCGCUAAGCGCCGAGGAAAAGGAGAAGGUGCGGGUGACCGCCUUGCAGCGGGGCGACGUGGAAGGGGCAGAGGAGCUGCUGCGGGCCGUGGAGCGGGGACCCCGCGGCUGUGGCUCGUUCCGCGAGUUCCUGCAGGCCCUUGAGAACGGCGGCUGCAGCCUGGCCGCCUGCUACGUAAACCCCAACCUCAGCCAGCUGCCCUCGCCGGCCGAGGAGGCCGACCACGACCUCUGCGUGCAGUUGGUGCAACUGCUCCACAGCACGCUGGUGGAUAAAAUACGGACCAUAGAAUUAGCAGAGAAGUGCAUGGAGAUGGGCAUCUUCCAGGAAGAGGACCUGGAUCGGAUCCACACUGUUACUGACAAUCGUGGGAACAGAGAUGGUGCAAGGGAGCUAUUGAGCAGAAUAGUGCAGAAGAAGGACUGGUUCUCUCAUUUUUUGAUUGCUCUGCGUGAAACCCAACACGGAAGCCUUGCAGAUGAAUUAAGUGGAAAUACAAAAGGAUCAGAGAACAGACAAAAUGGGAUGAAGAGCAGUACAAAUGAAGAAUUGGAAGAUUUGAAACAGCAAGAAAAUGUGAAUGAUAGUUUCAACAGUGAGAACAGUAUAUUGGAAACAUCUGUUGGAAAGAAUUCUGUAGUUUCAGAGUCAGAUGUCUCCACAGGAGAUGAAAGUGUCAGUAGCUUGAAUGAAAACCUGGGACAGUCCUACAAUACCAGUGAUUCAGAUGAAGAUGAAGUGGAGAACAGAGCUUCACCUGAGCCAGAUUUGACCCUGAGAGAUUACCAGAUGGAAGUUGCAAAGCCAGCCCUGAAUGGGGAAAAUAUUAUAAUAUGUCUUCCUACAGGCAGUGGUAAAACCAGAGUGGCUGUUUACAUUACCAAAGAUCACUUGGAUAAGAAGAAAAGAGCAUUAGAGCCUGGAAAAGUUAUAGUACUUGUUAACAAGGUAUCGUUGGUAGAACAGCAUUUACAAACGGAGUUUAAUCCAUUCUUGAAGCGCUGGUAUCACAUUACUGGUUUAAGUGGUGAUACUCAGCUGAAAAUCUCAUUUCCUGAAGUUGUCAGAAGACAUGAUGUCAUCAUCAGUACAGCACAGAUCCUAGAGAAUUCACUGAUAAAUGCAGCUAAAGAAGAUGAAGAAGGUGUCCGUUUAUCAGAUUUUUCACUCAUCAUUAUCGAUGAAUGUCAUCACACUCAAAAGGAAGGUGUCUACAACAACAUAAUGCGACGUUACUUAAAAGACAAGAUUAAGAACAAGAAGCUAGCAAAAGAAAACAAACCACUGAUUCCACAGCCUCAGAUUCUGGGACUUACAGCCUCACCUGGUGUAGGAGGUGCAACAUCUUCCUUAAAAGCUGAAGAACAUAUUCUGAGAAUCUGUGCCAAUCUUGAUGCCCAUAGAAUCAUGACUGUUGAAGAGCAUGCCUCCCAGUUGAAGAAUCAGAUGAAAGAGCCAUAUAAAAAAACUGUAAUUGCAGAUGACAAAAGAAAGGAUCCAUUUAGAGAGAGAAUUACUGAGAUCAUGACAGACAUUCAAAACUAUUGCCAGCUCCAUCCAAAAUCUGAGUUUGGAACUCAGCCAUACGAACAGUGGGUGAUUAGAGAAGAGAGAAGAGCUGCAAAAGAAAAAAACCGCAAGGAACGUGUCUGUGCAGAACACCUGAAGAAAUACAAUGAUGCUCUUCAGAUAAAUGACACCAUCCGAAUGAUAGAUGCAUACAAUCACCUACGUAACUUUUAUAAGGAGGAGAAAAGUAAAAAGAUGGUAAGGAGUGAUGACGACGAUGAUGAUGAACCAGCAGUAACAAAACGGGAUGAAACAGAUGAAUUUCUAAUAGGUUUAUUUCAUGAGAAAAAGAAACAGCUGAAAGAGUUGGCUAGAAAUCCAGAAUAUGAAAAUGAAAAGCUAAUACAGCUGCGAAACACUUUAAUGGAGGAGUUCACAAAGACUGAGGAACCUAGAGGAAUUAUUUUCACAAAAACUCGGCAAAGUGCCUUUGCUCUGUUCCAGUGGAUUAAGGAUAACCCAAAAUUUGAAGAAGUGGGAAUUAAAGCCCAUUACCUCAUCGGUGCUGGACAUAACAGUGAAACUAAACGUAUGACUCAGAAUGCACAAAGGGAAGUUAUUGAUAAAUUCCGAGGUGGAAGUGUAAAUUUACUUAUUGCUACCACUGUAGCUGAGGAAGGCCUAGAUAUCAAGGAGUGUAACAUCGUUAUUCGCUAUGGCCUCGUCACCAACGAAAUUGCUAUGAUGCAGGCUCGUGGUCGAGCUCGAGCUGCUGAGAGCACCUAUGCACUUGUGGCUUCAAUUGGCUCAGGAGCUGUUGAACGUGAGGAUGUUAAUAUUUUCCGUGAGAAAAUGAUGUAUAAGGCCAUUCAAUGUGUCCAGAAGAUGCCACGAGAAGAGUAUUUAUGUAAGAUUCAGAAAUUCCAGUUUCAAAGUGUAUUGGAAAAACAAAUGAAGGCAAAGAGAAAUCAGCCCACGACACACAAGAAAAAUUCUUCAUUAAUAAAAUUCCUAUGCAAGAAUUGCCACAAACUGGUAUGUUCUGGAGAAGAUAUUCAAGUUAUUGAAAACAUGCAUCAUAUCAGUGUGAAAAAAGAUUUCCAAAGCCUUUACCAUACAAGAGAAAAUAAGACACUGCAAGAUAAGGAUGCUGAUUACCAGACAAAUGGGGAGAUUAUAUGUAAAGACUGUGGACAAGCUUGGGGAAAUAUGAUGGUUCACCGAGGUCUUGACUUACCUUGUCUAAAGAUUAGAAAUUUUGUGGUUGUAUUUGAAGACAAAAAAACAACAGAACAUAUUUUUAAAAAAUGGAAAGAGCUCCCUAUUGAGUUCCCUGGGUUUGAUUAUGCAGCUCAUUGUUCUUCAAGUGAUGAAGAUUAA